CCCGAGUAAACGGAAACGCCGCCGCAGCGCAACUAUUGAGGCUCCGCAACGUGUGUGUUAUGAGACGUAUUUUGUAAGGUGUCUCGGCUCAGCGUUUGUUUGCUGACCGGGAGGGUUACACAAGCCGUGCACAGUCAACGAAGUGAGCACACAAGAGGCCCACUUCGGCUCAUUUUGACACAAACGCCGCUGUCUGCUAGUGGCUUUGCACUAGCGGACACAGAAUGUUCCCAGCUAGCAGAUACUCAUGUCAAGCCCACAGAUGUAUUAGGGCCUUGAAAACGGUACCGACAGAACAUACCGCCCCUCAGCUGUACACAACACUACACAGAAGGACAUGCUCUUCAGUGACAACACCCCGCAUCACUACACACUACACCAUCCAUCCUCGAGAUAAAGAUCCAAGAUGGGAAGGUGUCGAAAUGGAAAGGUUUGCCGACGAGGCAGAUGUGGUGAUCGUAGGUGGAGGCCCAGCCGGUCUGUCGGCAGCCAUUCGACUGAAGCAACUAGCCAACGAGCAUGAGAAAGAGUUGAGAGUGUGCCUUGUGGAGAAGGCCUCCCAGAUUGGAGCUCACACUCUGUCAGGGGCCUGUCUGGAGCCCAGUGCCAUUAGUGAGCUCUUUCCUGACUGGAAGGAACGAGGGGCACCUCUGCAUACCCCAGUGACUGAAGAUGUGUUCAGUAUUUUAACAGAGAAACACAGAAUUCCUGUCCCCAUGUUGCCAGGCCUGCCCAUGGUGAACCAUGGAAACUACAUUGUAAGGCUGGGGAACUUUGUGCGCUGGCUGGGUGAGCAGGCAGAGGAGCUUGGAGUGGAACUAUAUCCUGGUUAUGCUGCAGCAGAGGUUUUAUUUCAUGAAGAUGGAAGUGUGAAAGGAAUUGCCACCAAUGAUGUAGGCAUCGCCAAGGAUGGUUCACCAAAGGAUGUUUUUGAGAGGGGAAUGGAACUCCAUGCUAAAGUCACGUUGUUUGGAGAGGGUUGUCAUGGCCACUUGGCUAAGCAGCUUUACAAGAAAUUCAACCUGCGUGAGAAUUGUGAACCGCAGACCUAUGCCAUCGGCCUAAAGGAGGUAUGGAUGAUUGAUGAGAAGAAGUGGAGGCCAGGCAGAGUGGAGCAUUCUGUGGGUUGGCCACUGAACAGACACACAUAUGGAGGAUCUUUUCUGUAUCACCUGAAUGAAGGAGAGCCUCUAGUCGCCUUGGGCUUUGUGAUUGGUCUAGACUACUCCAACCCUUACUUGAGCCCCUUCAGAGAGUUCCAGCGAUGGAAACACCACCCUUUUGUAGCUCGCACACUAGAGGGAGGCAACAGAAUUUCUUAUGGAGCCAGGGCCCUAAAUGAGGGAGGAAUACAGUCCCUCCCAAAGCUAACUUUCCCUGGAGGGCUGCUGAUUGGCUGCAGCCCUGGUUUCAUGAACGUCCCAAAGAUCAAAGGCACCCACACAGCUAUGAAGAGUGGCAUGUUGGCUGCAGAGGCCAUUUUCCCUAAAGUCACAGCAGAGAGCCUGGAUUCAGAGACUGCAGGACUCCAUGUACCUGAGUAUGCCGAGGCAUUAAAGAAUUCCUGGGUGUGGAAGGAGCUGUACGCAGUGAGAAACAUCAGGCCGUCCUUCCAUAAUUACUUUGGUCUGUAUGGUGGCAUGGUCUACACCGGGAUUUUCUACUGGAUUUUGAGAGGAAAAGAACCUUGGACACUCAAACACUGUGGCUUGGACGCAAACCAGCUGAAACCAGCUAAAGAUUGUACACCAAUUGAUUAUCCCAAGCCCGACGGUAAGAUAAGCUUCGACCUGCUCUCCUCUGUGGCUCUGAGUGGCACCAAUCACGAGGGAGACCAGCCCGCCCACUUGACCUUAAAGGACGACAGCGUCCCGGUCGCCAGGAACUUGGCCAUUUAUGAUGGGCCUGAGCAACGCUUCUGCCCUGCAGGUGUGUACGAGUACGUUCCCCUAGAAACUGGAGAUGGGAUGAGAUUGCAGAUAAACGCUCAGAACUGUGUCCACUGUAAGACCUGCGACAUCAAGGACCCGAGCCAAAACAUCAACUGGGUAGUGCCUGAGGGCGGCGGAGGACCAGCCUACAAUGGCAUGUGAAUGUGUUGAGGUUUUUUGUUUUUUUUCUACCUUUUGCCUUGAAAGAUAAUUAAUGUAAGUCACACUGAGGAUUACAGUAGUUGCCAGUGUAUGGCAAAUGUGCCUAUGUAUCAGACUUAAAGUACAGUGUAGCUGUUUUAGGGUGCAGAAAAUCUGCAAGAACAAUAAUUAAAAAUGAAACUGCAUUUUGUCCUAGACCAGGGAUGUCAAACUCAUUCCACAAAGGGCCGGUGUGGCUGCAGGUUUUUGUUCCAACUAAACAGCAUCACACCAGACCUGACUCAUUUAAUCAACCGAUCUCAGUCUCCAGACAGGUGAUUGGUCAGACUGUGUGCUCUAGGCUACAGCAUUUAGUUCCAACAUAUCUACAGGUCUGGUGUGAUGCUGCUUAGUUGGAACAAAAACCUGCAGCCACACCGGCCCUUUGUGGAAUGAGUUUGACAUCCCUGUCCUAGACGUUAAUUCUGAUGUUGUACAGUGUGGUAUGAAGCUUAAGAGUUUUGAAACCCAUGCAGAAUACAGGACCAUGUCGAACUGAAGACAUCGCUGCAGUAUGGGCAUUUAAAUACUUUAAAGUUGCUCGUGUUUUAAUGGUUAAGACAUUUUUGACUUACUUUGUUAAUAUAUUUGCUUCUAAAUCUUCAAAUUGAACAAGUUCUUAAAUUACAGUUUAUUUCCGCGUUGCUGAUGGGAUAUGUUGACGGCAUUUAUUCCACACAGUAUUAUAUAUAUGAUAAUGCCACAGCAAUAAAGAACGAACACUUGA